CCUGCCGGGGCUCAGCUCGCUUAUGUGCCCGCUCAUUCACUUGGUCCUCGCUGUCACUCACCAUCACUUGGUCCUUGUCACUUGGCCCUUGCUGGCACCGUCCAAGGCCCCUGGCUGUUGCUUCCCGUUGCGCCCUCCAGCCCCAGGCUGGCCACUUCCGAAGCCCCCGACGCGAUGGAGGAGUGGGACGUGCCCCAGAUGAAAAAAGAGGUAGAGAGCCUCAAGUACCAGCUGGCCUUCAAGAGGGAGAUGUCCUCCAAGACCAUCCCCGAGCUCCUCAAGUGGAUCGAGGACGGGAUCCCCAAGGACCCGUUCCUGAACCCCGAUCUGAUGAAGAACAACCCGUGGGUGGAGAAGGGCAAGUGCGCCAUCCUGUGACCCCCGCCCCGCCUCUCGCCUCUUUGUGGGGGGGACACCUCUAUGAAGGUGUGACUUUUAUAAAGAUUCUUUGAGGACGUG